GAGCAUAUCAUUUCACGAGAAUAAACUGUCUGCUGUAUACCUGUAGCACAUUGAACCUACCACUGCAUGGGAAUAAACAGGAUAUCUACCGUUAUGUGGAUGUUUACCAUUCUUUCGAUACAGCUGUGUUUGGUUGCGCGGGGAUUUGGCAGCAAUGAAGACUGGAGAGAGAUAGCACAGACCUUGCGUGAACAGAACCGCAGAUUAGGGAGACAGAACCUGCGACUACAAAAGGUAUUCACUGGUUUAGAGCACAUGUGUGCUGCUCUCGGCAAGGGAAGUGAGGAUGGAAAGAGAGCAAACAACUGGUCCGAUGAGGCCCACUCCUUGGAACGGGUAAACCUGGAAGUUCAGUCAGUUAGUUCUACAGGGCUACGUGAAGGCCUGGACUACGUGAACGUUUCGGUCAACUACAUAGCGCCACAAGAUCAUGCCGUUUAUUUCAUAUUCUUCUACAAGUCUGCCCUAAUGUGGCAAACAGCUGGUCACAUGAGUCGUGGGGCAAAGAAACACGAGUAUAUAUCAACCGUUAAGUUAGACAAAAACAAUCUGGACAAUAUUUCGUUUGGAUCCAUUUUCCUGGAAACCUUAAAUAAAAGUAUUGACGCCGGAAUAGUCAUGAGUGCAGUGUCCGUCGAUACCACGAGUGAUAUGCCUGAGAAACGGACUAAUUAUCUCCGGUUUAAUUCUACUGAAAUGGCCUUACCAAAUGAAAAUACUACAGUAAUUGGAAUUUUAAACCAAGAUGCCAGAGAUUCCGGACAAUUUUUGCGGGGUGCUUAAACGGCGGUAUUCUUACAAUUGCGCACCCGUACAAUGUAAAAAAUGCCACGUUGGUUGACAUAUUGAUGUACAUCAAAAAAGUGAAGGUAACAUUUAAGAACCAUGCUAACAACACUCAACCGGCAUUUUACAAGUAUCAAAAAAAAUAUUUACAUUAACGAAACAAAACAAAGUAUAAGAUGUUUGGCCAUGGGAAGCAAAGCUCCGUCGGUGUCCAUGGUGAAACUGCUGAAGAACGGGAGGGAAAAACUUGUGAGAACUGAAAACAUAAUGUACGAUUCUAUGCAGACUAUGAAAACUCGAACCUUUACCCGUCAAAGAACUAUCAAGGAACUUACGUUUGGAGAGCAACUCUUGGAGAAGCAACAUCGAAGCAAACUUUUAACGUGAUGCCGUACAAGCCUGCCAAAUUUGACCUUAGCAAACAGGGGUUGUGAAAAACACGACGGACAAGGUUGUUCUGUCCAGUAAAGGUCAUGGUAGUCCGAGACCAAAAGUUGUACUGCAAGUGUAUAACGAGUACGGACAAGAAAUGACAUCGCCAGAGUUUCAGGUGUAUAUGAACUGUCAUGUUGAACUUAAAUACCUUGGAGAAUUCUAUUGUAAGCCUUACCACACCCCUAGGUAUUUUUUGUAUUUAGUUUUAAGUGUUGUUUUUUGCUAACGUCAUUUUGUAAAACCUAACAAAGCAUACAACAGUAGAAGUAUAAAACAAGAUAUUCACAGCAGACAAAACACUACAUACGCUUUUGCUAAAUAGACGAAUGAUACACGAAAAAGAAACACUUGAACACACGAUGAAUACCAAUUUCAUUUAUGUUAGGGUUAGCGUAAAACACGGUGAAACCCGCCGACUUUUGGUCACAAUUCUUUCUAGAUAGAGGAGUUAAUCAAAGGACACACUUCUCGUAAAACUGUGACAUUGCCGUCGGAGGAGGUCAAAACCGUGCACACUGUGCUAUGUACUUUGCUGCAAAAAGAAGGACCUCAAACACAGUUAUCUUAACCAAAGUACAAGAUUGAGAUAUUUCCUGGUUUGAUAAUGGAGGAAGACUUUGGCCGGUUCCCAAACACCACAUCUCUCUUUAACCGUUAACAUGACAACAUGUCGUGGUUGUUUUAGACGUGGCAAACCUCUGCCAACUGAUAUUUCAAUAACAAAACAGUGUGUUUUGUACAAUGGUAACGACAGUUAAACUUAUUGAGACAUUUCUAAAUUAUAAUGGUUUAAGUUAAUCUGAGCUAAGGUCAAAAGUGCUGUUAAAGUUUCAAAGAGGAUUUAAAGAGAGUCAGUUUGUACAGUUACGUUCAGAGAGGUUGUGGUUGCAAUUCGCGACGUGUACAUAGAGAGGUUGCGAUUCACGACGUGUACAUAGAGAGGUUAUGAUUCACGACGUGUACAUAGAGAGGUUGUGAUUCACGACGUAUAGAGAGGUUGUGAUUUACGACGUAUAGAGAGGUUGCGAUUCACGAAGUGUACAUAGAAAGGUUGUGAUUCACGACGUCUAGAGAGGUUGCGAUUCACGACGUAUAGAGAGGUUGUGAUUCACGACGUGUACAUAGAGAGGUUGUGAUUCCCGACGUGUACAGAGAGAGUUUGUGAUUCACGACGUGUAUAUAGAGGGGUUGCGAGUGUACAUAGAGAGUUUGUGAUUCACGACUUGUACAUAGAGAGUUUGCGAUUCACGACGUGUACAUAGAGAGGUUGCUAUUCACGACGUGUACAUAGAGAGGUUGCGAUUCACGACGUGUACAUAGAGAGUUUGUGAUUCACGACGUGUACAUAGAAUGUUUUUUAUUCACGACGUGUACAUAGAGAGGUUGUAAUUCACGACGUGUAAUUAGAGAGGUUGCGAUUCACGACGUGUACAUAGAGAGGUUGCGAUUCACGACGUGUACAUAGAGAGGUUGCGAUUCACGACGUGUACAUAGAGAGGUUGUAAUUCAUGACGUGUACAUAGAGAGGUUGCGAUUCACGACGUGUACAUAGAGAGGUUGCGAUGCACGACGUGUAUAUGGAAAGGUUGCGAUGCCUGAAGAGUACGUAGAUUUGUUGUGGAUCGCAAUCUCUUAAUGAUCAGUAUUAUGUUUGCAAUAGAUAUUUGUCUUGCAAAUAAUAGUAUGGAACUAUUCAAAACUGUCAGAUAUGUGUAGUGAUGUUCCCGAUAUUUUGUUCACUUGGCAUGCACAAAGAAAGCGAAAAUAGAGCGUCAAGGCUUGCGAUGAAUGCAUUAUCAAAUGACUACCAUGAGAGUAACGUACACACUAUUAUUAUGUACAUGCAUGGUUAUUUUAUGCGCUUUCGAAAUAUGACCGAAGUUACGAAUGUAUUGCACAUUAAACAAUUGUAAACCUUCACAUUAUUAAUAUGUUUAAAUAUAUGCCAUGUAUAGGCGUGGUUAAUAUUUAUCUCCCGACGAUAAAAUGUUGUAAAAUUGAUUUCAUAUUUAUUUCAUAUCGAUUUUAUUUCACUCAUUUUUAUAGUCAUUACAUGCCAUCUUAUAUGUUCGUUGUGAAUUGAAAAUACUCUAAUGUGAAUAUGCUUAUAAAACAUUGACUUGAA